AUAAUGCAGGGAUUAACAAUCUCGCCAUAUUUGAAUUGAAGAUAAGCCACAACUUUCAAAAGAACUUCAACUGAUAAUAAAUUUUACAAAAUCUUAAUCUUUCAAUUUCAAGUGUGCCGAAUAUUCUGAAAGGCAAGGCUCAAUGGGGUCACAAAUGAAAACGACAAAUCAAUAUUUCUGAAUAAUGUGUAUUUACAGCCACUUCACAAAUGCACGUUUGACCGUCAGAAGAGAAGUUGGGUGGGUCCAGUCAAAUCUCAACAAACUCUCCCCUCCCGCUGGGCAAAAACCAGGGGUGCCGUGUUUUUUCUUGGUCUGAAACCCACUACCAGGAGAACGAUAGAUGUCGAAAAUUUAGUAAAGGCCACACAGCUGAUGAGAUCAUCGAUGAAUAACGAUGACAAAAACGAUUCAUCUGAAAAAGAUGAAGAUUCUGUGGCUGCUAUUCUGGACAAACCAGUCAUAUCAAAACCAUUCAAAUCAAGCAGUAAAACUAUUUGGACAUGUCCAAAUGCACUGAAACCAGUAUCUGAGAGGUGCAAAGAUUUUACAUUCGAAAAAACGAAAGCAAACCAGGGGGAGAAGCAGGUGUCAGCGGCGACUAAUCUGCAGGCGGUGUAUCUGAAGAAGCUAUUGGAUGAGAAGGAAAAGGAAAUCAAAUCACUUCAGAAUCAGCUUCAUAAAGCCAACAACGAAAAUGUGAAGCUGAUACAGGAACUAGAAGGAUACAGGGGAAAGAACUACGAUGAAAUGUACAAAGAGAACUUGACCAAUAAAGACCACUUAAAUCGAGUGUGUCGGGAAAACAUUCUGCUGCAUGGACUUAUCCGGAAGCAGGGUAACAGACGACUACAGAGACCGGAAGUCAAAGAAGCCGAGGAGAAGCAUAAUACGGAGCCUACUGAACGACUAAGACUGACCAAAUCUGCUAAACCCAGACUGUGUUAAUGCUCUGAUUGCUAGGUUGUACUAGCUUGUCGUUGCAAUCACUAUACAACUUUCCUCAGAAGGAAAAAUUUAAUCAUUUGUAAAUAAAAUCUUACUGUUU